UGGGGACAUUUGGGACAUUUGGGGACAUUUUGGGACCCCACUGGCCCAGGGAUGAGCAGCGACCUGGUCGGGGACGUGGGGAACACCACGCUGAUCGACGAGGAGGUGUACCGGCUGUGGCUGGACGGGCACUCGGUGGCGGAGGCGGUGGCCCGGCGGCUGCGGGGGGGGGUCCUGGAGCGCGAGGCCACCUCGGUGGCCGUCCUGCAGAGCGACACCCGCGACCACUACAGAACGUUCCAGAUGCUGGAGCGGCUCCUGCACGCGCCCCCCCGGCUGCUGCAGCAGCUGCUCUUCCAGAUCCCCCCCGAGCGGCAGGCGCUGCUGGUGCAGCG